GUUAUUUAUAACAAAAUAAGACAGUUUCAGCUACUGAGGUACUUUUUUCUAAUUUUAUCACAUUUCGUUUAAUUUUUUAAGUUAAAACAUAACUAUAUACUAAUUCAGUAGGACCCACUAUCAUCUCUCUCUUAUCUUCUUUAUUUUGAACUUUUUUUUUUAAUGAUUGACUUUUAUCUUUUUUAUCGUUUUGAAGUUUUCAUCAUUUUUUUUUCAAUUCUUUUUUGUCAUGAGGUCCUUGGACAUCAUGAUACUAUCACGCAGGAGUCGGGCAGCGUCAUCAAGAAUCUCGCACUCAACAAUGGAGAUUUAGAACAAAAUGUUUAACAAAUUGGAAAAAAAAAAAACAGUUUUGUUCAAAUUUUUGAAUGUAAAACCAUGAAUUAGGUUUGAAAUCUAUCAGAUCUGGACAAAAUACAUGAAAAAGUGAAGGAAUUCGUAAAGAAUCGUGAAAAAUAGGUGAGAAAGGCGGAGAUUAGAGUUUCUGGUCGAUAGUGACCAAGAAAGAAGACGAGGUUAUUUUCGUAAUUUUCCAUCAUUAACUAAAUCAAAGAGAUUGUGUACACAAUUUUCUCUUUUUGUAGGCUUUCUAUCUCAAUAACUAAGCAUCUACGACUUCGUGAGCUCACAAUAACGUUAACACAAUGUACAUGUGAAUUAUUUUCCUUCUUCCUAUAUACACGCAUGGUCAGACAUCUUUGAAAUCUGAGUGAACCCAAAUAUCAUCCUUCACAUUUUGUGUAAGAGCUUCUGUGUUUUCAUGGUAGCUUCAUGGUAGAUCUUAGCUUGAUUAAUUUCUGAUUGUUUUACAUAUGUACACUAUCAUAUUUAGCGUACACAUAUACACGUCUUUAUUUAAAAGAUGUAUGACCUUGCGUGUACAAAUCUGAUUGAAUCCCAAUAUUUUGGUAUAGAGGUGCUUGUAUGGGUAUGGUACACACCCUUUUGUACAUGUGGAUAUGUAAAGCGAUGUACACGUGUAUAUAAAAAUGAAUCAAUAUAUAUGAACAAGUUGUACACAUAUAGGUGGAUUGGUUGUUGCUUACUAAAACAAUACCAAAAUACAUAAUAAAUAGAUCAAGUCAAACUGAAAAUGGUGUAUAUGACAAUAGGUGCACACAUGAUUUUGUGUUUUACUCAUAUUAGCUUUGAUGUUAGUUCAUUUAAUUUAUUUUCCAAUGCAUUUAAGAAUUAAAACAUGAGUUUAGGAUUUUAAAGAGAAUACACGAUUCUACGAUACAUUACUUUAGUAAUAUACAAUGUACACAUGUAAAGAUAAAAAUGUACACAUGUAAAGAUGUUCACAUGUUAUCUUUGUACACAUGUAAUCAUGUACACAUGUAAUCAUGUACAUGUACAUAUAAAAUCAUGUUGUACAUUUUUUGCAAUUUUAUUUAAGGAGUGGCAUUUUAGUAAUUUUUCUUUAAGGGAUGUCUAGUUUUAUGUACACAUGAAUUGUUGUACAUGUGGAUAGUGUAUAUGUAUGUACAGCAUAUCAUGUACAUAUGAAUCAUUUAUUUUUCAUAUUUUUUAAUGAAGGGUAUUUUCGUAAUUUUAACUUUAUCUUCCCAAAAUCAAUUAGGAUUUUCUGUAAUUUCCCUCUAUAACCGCCAGCCAUUAUUCUCACCUUAAUCAUCCUUUUUUUUUCUUGCUUAUAAUACAUUUAAACAUGUAAAAAUAUCAUAUAAGACAUAAUUUCAAGCUCCAAAUGAUUUUGUUUCUACAACAAAAACGUAAAUCUUGUUUUUUCUUUUUAUUAAUGUCACAGCGUGAGAGGGAUGAAUUGUGGAACACGACGUGAAAGAAGAAGCUUUUUAACAGCUUUCGGCGAAGCCAUUCCCUUCACCGAUGCUUUUAUUAUAUGGUUUAUACCAUUAUUUCCAUGGUUAUAAUAAAGAAAAUAGGGACGAAGAUGAAAUACUGAAUGAGUCAACUUAGUUAUAUUUAAAUUAUAAUUUAGUUAGAAGAAAAGAGAAUAGUUAGAAGAAAGUUAGAAAAAAAUGUCUAAGGAGCAAUAACUGCUCUAAAAUAUAAUAAAAAACUCAAAACUGUCCUAGAGUGAAAAUAACUCAAGUUAAUUUUAUGUGUGUUAUCUUUAUUGUUACAUGUAAAUUUUAUAUUAUCAUAAAUGUAAAUAAUUUGUUUAUCAAAUUAAACUUUGUAUACGCAUAGUUACGUCAUUACCGAAGAGUCAUUAACAGACGAAUAAAGUAAUCACCAGACUUGGUUGGCUUGUAUCCCUUUUAUUUUGUACACAAGUUUAUAUUUAACCAUAUAAGUUCAUGAACGAGAUAAAGUCAUUAUUAAGACAAAGCCACACUAACUUUAUAAAUAACCUUAUAACAUGUUAGGACUUGGGAUCCAAUACCAUUUAAGACAAGGUUGCAUCAAACAAUGACUAAAACUAUUCAAUACUAUAUUUUUAAAUGUUCGCUUUUUUUUUGUCUAAAAAUGUUCACUUGAUAUACAUGAACUGCAAAAGAGAAAAAAAAGAAAAUUGAAAUAAAUUAAAUAAUGAUUGAAAAGAAAUAUCAUCACGCAAAACCUUAAAAGUACUUUCGAUGUCGUGUCCUCCUCCUCUUCAUGUACAUCAAAAUAGUUUUUUUUUCUUUUAACAUCAAAAUAGUUCCCACAGUUUUCACAUCAACUUAACCAUUUUCACAAUUUUCACUUUUUCUGUUACCUUCGUAUAAUACUAUAUUUAGUACCAUUACCCAUCACUCUUUCACCACCAAACAUCUGCACAUCCUCUCUGUUCUCUCUCGCUCUUUCUCUCUCUUUCUCACUCUCCAAGAAAACAAUCACAAAAUGUCAGUCAACCAUUACUCAAACACUCUCUCGUCGCACAAUCACCACAACGAACAUAAAGAGUCUUUGUUCGAGAAGUCACUCACGCCAAGCGAUGUUGGAAAGCUAAACCGUUUAGUCAUACCAAAACAACACGCCGAGAGAUACCUCCCUCUCAAUAAUUGCGGCGGCGGCGGCGACGUGACGGCGGAGUCGACGGAGAAAGGGGUGCUUCUCAGCUUCGAGGACGAGUCGGGAAAAUCUUGGAAAUUCAGAUACUCAUAUUGGAACAGUAGUCAAAGCUACGUGUUGACCAAAGGAUGGAGCAGGUACGUCAAAGACAAGCACCUCAACGCAGGGGACGUCGUUUUAUUUCAACGGCACCGUUUUGAUAUUCAUAGACUCUUCAUUGGCUGGAGGAGACGCGGAGAGGCUUCUUCCUCUUCCGCCGUUUCCGCCGUGACUCAAGAUCCUCGAGCUAACACGACGGCGUACUGGAACGGUUUGACUACACCUUAUCGUCAAGUACACGCGUCAACUAGUUCUUACCCUAACAACAUCCACCAAGAGUAUUCACAUUAUGGCCCUGUUGCUGAGACACCGACGGUAGCUGCAGGGAGCUCGAAGACGGUGAGGCUAUUUGGAGUUAACCUCGAAUGUCACAGUGACGUUGUGGAGCCACCACCGUGUCCUGACGCCUACAACGGCCAACACAUUUACUAUUACUCAACUCCACAUCCCAUGAAUAUCUCAUUUGCUGGAGAAGCAAUGGAGCAGGUAGGAGAUGGACGAGGUUGAUAAUCAUCCAAAAAGAAGUGACAACUUUAGUUUUAACUUUAGAUUAUGAGCGCACUCCAUACUUGGCCCAAUUGUCAUAGAUAAAACACAAAAAGGAGGAGAAUUAAUAAUUAUCCGUUAUCUAUACUAUUAAAAGGGAAAGGGAAGAAAUUCUAAAAAAUCUACUA